CACGUGUGCGACCUGCUGUGUUCACGUGGUAACAGCGUGUUUUUGGCGCCGGCGCGAUUUGUUGUUGGCGCAUAAAAAAAUAUUAAUUUUAAGGACACGUUGCGUGCUGAAAGCCUGAAACAAAGCGAGCUGCUACAGCACAAGCGAAGGACGUGCAUUUCUGUUUGAAAGUACAAAAUUCAGGCUUAACCCGAGUGCUAAACGAUGGGAGAAGUCGAAUUCAACAACGAGGACGAGUACAAAGUAAAGAUCGUCGAUGGAGGCGAAUAUAAGGAGCCUGGCGGCGGCAUUCGCAAACCAAGCCAAGAAGAGAUUGACGCGUACAAAAUCCAUCGAAUCAUUGUCAUGAUCAUUUUCGGAUUGGUUGUGGUCAUUCUGCUGUUGCUUGUUGUCAUUCUUAUUGCAACGACAGAAGGCUGUGAAGCGAGCGAAGACAAGAAGCUGCCUUGGUAUAAAUCAGGCGUCAUGUACAACAUCUAUCCUCGCUCGUUCAAGGAUUCGAGCGGCAACGGCAUUGGCGAUUUCAAAGGCAUUGUGGAAAAGCUUGAUUACCUUAAAGGACUCGGCGUGAACAUCCUCUAUCUGAGCUCCGUCUUCAAAAUCGACAAAGAUGUUGACUACGGCUAUUCUGUGAUCGAUUUCAAAAACACAAACCCGGAGUAUGGCACGCUAGACGAUUUUCAAAAUUUGGUCGACAGCGCCCAUGAAAAACACAUGAAAGUCAUAAUCGAGUUCGUGCCUUGCGAUACUUCGAUCGAACAUGAAUGGUUUAAGGAAAGCAGUAAAGGGCAAACGAAAAAGGACUGGUAUAUGUGGAACGAUAAUAUCACUGGUCUUUCAGGAAGCUGGGCGAAAGACAGCUCUAGCGGGCGGUAUUAUCUUCACCAAAAUGGCUCCUCAGAAAAAGCUUAUCUAAACUGGAAAAACGACGACGUAAAAGACGAAAUGGAAAGCGUUCUAGGCUUCUGGUUAGAUAGAAAGGUCGAUGGGUUCCGUGUCGUGUCAGUUCAGAGGCUAUUUGGCGACAGUCCAACAUCAAACGGUAUAGUAGAUUUAUAGAUAUUUAAGACAAUAAUUUUUUACUAAUGUUAUCCUAUUUCUAUAUUUUAGGCCACAUCGCGACUUUACACUGUUCAAUUCGGGCUAAAGAACGUGUAGUUUUAGCCCGAAAUGUUUGUUUAAUUUUAAAAACAAAACAACAUGUGCUACUACUAGGAGUUGCAUCAUCCAUAUUGAUAUUCGAUACAGUACAAAGGUUGAAGAAUGUAAACAUGCCUGAUCAAUAUCGACCAUAAAUUUGAAUCUUAAUUAUUUUUUUCUGAACAAUUUCCAUAUUUACAAUCACAAUUUACAUAUAGGAAUUUUUUCCCGUCUUUAUCAUUACAAAUUAUCCUAAUUCCAGUCUUUUAGUUCUAAACUUAAUCCUAAUCCACAGGCGCACGGGAGCUUUCGUUGCAUUUUACCUAAAGAAUAAAUAAAAUUCCCCCUGCUAAAGGCCAUGUUACACGGUGCAAUUUUUCUUGCAACUUGCAAUGCAAUUCUACUCUCGAGAGAUGUUAAUUAGUGAAAUCAGUGAAGAAUUUUCGAUAUGUUGAGAAAACAUGAGCG